AUGAUUGAAGAUGAAUGGUCAUGUAAAAAUAAGACAAGCACAACUAGUAUUGCUAAUCAUUUAAGAACAAAACAUCGAAUAAUUGAAGGAAGAUUUGAAGGAGCAGAAAUUUUACCAGAUUCAGAAAAUAAAAUUGAAAAUCAAGAUCCUCUUGAUCAAAAGUUCAUUGAAGUAAUUACGAAUGAUUUAUUAGAUUGGUUAGUAGACAAUAUGCAAGCUUUUCAUUUGACUCCAAAUUUAGAAAUUAGACAAGCAUUACUUACUAUUGAAAAUUUUAAAUAUCUACAUUUAGGUGAUAGUAUUAAAGAUUCAAUGCGACAACUAGAAACUAAUCAUGUUCAUUGUAUUGCACACAUUAUGCAACUUGCAAUUAAAGAUGGGUUAAAAGAAAUUAAAAUUUUAAUUGAUGUAGCAAAAAAAUUGAAUAGUUUUAUAGUUAACCAUGACAAAUAUCAUAUUUUAUUAAAAGAAACUUUUCUGAAAUAUCUUUUUCUAUUAGAAAGACUAAUUUAUUUUCGUGAUACACUUCCUGAAUUAGCAAAUAAGCUUACUUUAGAUCCUAAUAGAAGCAUUCGUUCUGAUGAUGAUCUUUUGAAAAAUUUAUUACUUAGCUCAGAAGAUUGGAUAGCAUUAGAAGAAUUAAUAUUAUUACUUAGACCUUUUGUAAAUGCAACGAAUCUUACUUCAGUAUGUAAUAAGAUUUUAGCUUCUCUAAAUAAAUGUUGGAAACUUCCUCAUAUGUUGGGUUGUAUUGCUAGUUUUUUAGACCCUAGGUUUAAAUAUUUAGGUUUUUUAUCAGCAAACCAAAUUGAAGAUACAAAACAACAUUUAAAACAACAGAUUGAAUUAUUAGAAACUUCAAAAUUACAGUCAAUAUCUUCGAUUACUUCUCUUUCUUAUAAUAAUUCUAUUUUUAUAAAAUUUUUCAAUCAAAACAUGACAUUAUAA